AUGGUCCCAAUCAGGAGCCAUCAUGAGGCCAGGUGGGUUGUCCGAGCUUCUAUUCAAGACCGACCUUUAAGCGGUCAUUCCAAGCAAAAUUUCGAGACCUGUUACUCUCCCUCCCACGCUUUCCCCGUGACAGCUCUCCAGUCCUUUUCAGCUCUGUCCACAAGCACCAUCUCACCAACUCCGCUCAUCUCAAUCCAUCCGAAGACAGCUCAAUCCGUCUUCGUUUCAUCACACACCAUCACAAUGGCCUCCUCUCUCCGCAUGGCUGCCCCAAAGAUGGCCCAGAUGGCCGCCCAGAGCACUCGCCCAGCGUUCAAGCCACAGCAGCUCCAGAAGUUCGCUCGUGCUUACUCUGCCGCCACCCCAAAGACCGCCACCUUCAACACCAUGAAGCGCACCUCGACCCUCAUCAACUCCGCCCGCACCAAGGUCUCGCCUAUCGGCCAGCAGGCCAAGCGUGCCUACUCCUCUGAGAUGGCCAACGCCCUCGUCCAGGUCUCCCAGAACCUUGGUAUGGGUAGCGCUGCCAUCGGUCUCGGUGGUGCCGGCAUCGGCAUCGGGCUAGUCUUCGCUGCUCUCCUCCAGGCUGUUGCCCGUAACCCAUCCCUCCGUGGCCAGCUUUUCUCUUACGCCAUUCUUGGUUUCGCUUUCGUCGAGGCCAUCGGUCUUUUCGACCUAAUGGUUGCCAUGAUGUGCAAGUACGUCUAA